AUGGAUUUCAUCAAGACCAGUUCCCUGCAUGCUCUGAUUGAGUUAACUUUCCAACGCAACUGGAACGGCCUAAUUUGGAUGAGUAGAAACGGAGUUAUAACCAAAAGAGUGAAGACUGGCCAGACAGCUCUAUCGAGAAACUAUUAUUUCACGUUCGGCCAAAGUUAUAUCCAUCCGUCUGAAGUCUCGGGCAAAGUUCGAAACCGACCGGCCGAUCACAUAUCACGACCCGGGAAACCUAAGCCCGCGGUCGGCCAAGCUACAACCGUUUCACGCCACGCCGCGCACGACCAUGCCGCGCGAGCCGGAGAACAAAGCCUCGCGGCCGCGCAACCCACUUCGCGUGCCACGGCCGAUGCAUCCGUCCGAGCCGGGAAAGAACGUCCUACGUCCGGCCGAGAAACCAUCGGCCAAAUCUUUAUUCGUCCGACCACGCCGGCCGACCGUGAAAUCAUCCGGCCACGACCGUUCCGACUCGGCCACGACCCGACUGUCCGGCCGAUUGUCCCGACCGACCGUCCCAACGCCGGGGUCGACCCAAAGCCCGUUUUGAAGCCCGAUUUCAUAUUGUCAAGGCCCGGCUUAACCCUAAGCCGCCUCAAAAGACCUAGCACUAUAUACAUAGCUUUUUAG